AUGCUCAGCUUCGUAAUUGCUUUGUCGUUCAUCGUUGUGGGCAGCCAGGCGGCAAUCACUGACAAAAAUUGCACCAGCCCUGAUGGAAAGUGGUCCGAGAGAGCCCUUGGAUGUGACAAUACUGUGUCGGAUGCAAUCUGCGAUUCGAUUGUUGCUGCCCAAACAGCUCUUGCUAUUGGGACCGACACUGAUCGUGCGUCUAACUGCUUUCAGUUAUCCAGCGCUGAUUCGGAAGAGAAGAAGCAAGCAAUGAUCAAAAUGUGUCCAAAAACGUGUGGGUAUUGCUGCUUGACUGACGCAUAUAACUGUGUCAACAGAGAGUUCCCUGGUGUGACGUGCGCCAGUAUCACUCAGGCCCAAUGCAAGGAUCCGAAAUGGCGUGAAAUCAUCGCACGUGACUGCCCCAAUGUGUGCGGAUUCUGCAAAGAUGGAGGAUGCGUGGAUGCAGCUAUCGAGUGUGCCAAUGAUAAGAGUAUCUGCCGCAACAUUGACAUGCAGGCGUUCACAAUGGCCAACUGCAAAAAGACCUGUGGUUACUGCGAUAACGCUUCUACCACCUAUCCAGGAGGUUACACUUACCCGCCAGGCGGUGCGUGCGUCGACAGCAGCACAAAAUGUGCUUCCUGGAAAGUGAAUGGAUUCUGCGAGAAUGCUUUCUACACAACAGCUCAAAAGAUGCAAAGCUGUGCCAAGACGUGCGGAUUCUGCGUCUGA